AUGUCGGUCACGGGCAAGCGCGGCGUCGGCGUGCCGCUCAUCCUCAUGCACGACGGCGAGGGCACGAUCGUGACCAUCGAGUGCAAGAACGGCGACACGUACCGCGGCUUCCUCGACGAGACCGAGGACAACAUGAACUGCGUGCUCAAGGACGCGACGCGCACCGACGCCAAGGGCAACAAGUCGCAGGUCGAGCACAUCUUCCUGCGCGGCUCCCAGAUCGCCUUCUUCAUCUUUCCGAACAUGCUCAAGAAGGCGCCC